AUGAUGGAAGAUAUAAAUCGGUCAACUCCAAAAUCAAUAGAAAACACCCGUGAUGUCCAGGGUGUAUUGCAAAGUGAGACAACGCCUAACGUUACGAGUCCAAGAUCACCCGAUUUACAGAUCAAACCUCCAGAUAUUGAAGCGACAAGUGUUCCACCAAUAAAAAAACAAAAACAAUAUGAUCAAAUAACUGAAUCAAAUGAGAGUAUUCCAUACAGAAAUCCGAUAACAUACAGUUACAUGAGAAAAAAGGUUGUGCGAGAAUAUCAAGGUAUGUCCGAUCUGCCACUUGACUACUCUCCGUCCUGUAGUCAUACAAGCCCCGAUACAGGACCAUUGAAAAAGCGUAUUUACCAUCAACCAUUGGGAAAUACUGAAGAUGCUGUGAUAAAACCAAUUGUGGCACAACAACCAACCCUCCCAGACAUUGGAAUCAAAAAGGAAAUCAUUGAAAUUGCUGAAUUUACACCCCCAAGUCCAAGGAAAGACAUCAAGCCAAAAUCAGAAAUGAUACUAGGAUCGCCUUCAUCCUCUAUCAACUCGCCAUCUUCUACAGUGAAUUUACACCAAGUGGGAAGCUCAAGUGCCAGCCCUCAAAGAAUCGGUGAGAACCCAAGAGAACAUUCAACAUUGUUGAAUUACUAUACACAACAAAAAAUGAGUCCUAUGGAUCUUCGUGAUGGAAUACCAAUGACCAAUUCACCGCAGGGUUCAAAACAGUCUCAAUAUCUCUCCCCAGAAAGUUCUAAUACGAUGAACAGCCAAUCAAAUCAACCAGAGAGGAGUCGACUGCAGGAUUUAGAUGAUGCGGUUCAGCGUGCAUCACAGGAAUUGGUCAAAGAGUUCCCAAGUUUUUCAAAAGAUAACCAAGUGAAAAGUAGUUCUGGUGGGGCCGUGCAAUCACAGGCUGACUCUGCGGAAGGGGCAGGUUCCCCUACUGAGGGUGAGGACCAAGAGUCACAUGGACCAAGCCCUAGGUGCCUGGUAUGUGGGGACAAGUCCUCAGGGGUCCAUUAUGGUGUACUAGCCUGUGAAGGUUGUAAGGGUUUUUUCCGGAGAGCCUUACAAGAUAUUGGGGACCCCAGUCGUAAAAAAUGUUAUUAUAACAAGAAUUGUGAAAUCACUGUUCAGACAAGAAAUCGCUGCCAGUAUUGUCGUCUUCAGAAAUGUCUUGCUCUGGGGAUGUCUCGAUCAGCUGCCAAACUUGGUCGCAGGUCACGUAAAAUGCGUGAAAUGAUAAGUGAGGCUGUGCGUACAAUUGAAGACUCCCAAUCUGCUCAGGCAGUCCAUGGUCUCCUUAGCCUCAAGGCGGACUCAACAAAUCCUGGAGAUUUCCCCUCACUUCUUAAAGCAGUUGGUCAGCAGAUGGGAGGAAGUGAAAUGGGGUCUUUGAACGACCGCUUGGGUCAAGGGGAUAUGAAUUACGAUGAGAUUGUUACCACAAAGGCUUUAGCUAGGGCUGCAGCGAAGCCUGGUAGUUUAAAUAACUUGCCUGGAGUGACUGGGAUACCACCGCAUAUCGCGGCGCAGACCCCUCCACAGGUGUUACAGAUGUUGUACCACAUGCAAGAGCAGCAACGGCAACAGAUGAAACAAUUACAGAAUUCCAAUCAAGAAUCUCAUCCGCAUAUGGAUAUACCCCAAGGUUAUACACCCAGAGCACAAGGAUCAUUCCAACAGUCGCAUAAAGAAGAAUACCCUCAAAAUAUGCGCAACUCAUUUGCUCAAAUCUCCUCCAUACAAACAAAGAUGGACACUGGAGGCAUGGUUGGUGUACGCACAAUGCCUCAUACAUCUAAACAUCUCGAUAACCUUGCUCAAGUAUACCCUCACUCUCCCCCAGCCCAUUCAAGGACCCCAACCCCAGCCUCAGAGCAACAUGUGCCUUCACCUAACAACUUAGGCAAUAGAAUGGAUGAUAAUUUUCAUGUGCGUAAUCCCGUAAAAAAGAGGCCUUACCCUCCUCAAUCCCCAAAUAGUCCUGGAUCCCCAAUGAGUAUGAAUAUUGAUGACCAUGAUGUUAGAAAUAGUAACGUUAUUCAUCCAAGAUUGAAUAAUGAAAAUCAGACAGGUUCAGCUGAUUGUUCAGACAAUAUUGGAUCGCUAUUUGAUGUUUCUUCCUCAAGAGCUUCAAAUUUAUCUUCAUCGUCAUCGAUUGAAACUGAUUUUGUAAACCAAAUGUCUGAGGAGGAAAAAAACAUUCACCAAAUGUUGACUGAAAAAAUUACUAAUGCUUUUACGGAAGUUUUUCCUUAUACCUUUGAUAAGGUUUCUGCGAUGAGGGAAGCUUUAAAGAAGCGUCAAAUGGGGACUUCUCCAAUAGAUGCCAUGAUAAACAAGGUUGUUUGUGAUGCAAUAUCAGAAAAUGAUGAUGGAAACAAAAUUAUGAUUCCCACUGCUGCUGGGAUGCCUUUAACGAUGCCAGAUCCGCAAAUGGGUGAGAAAAUGUGGAAAGGAUUCCAAGUUCGACUAAAUGAUGUCAUUAAACAGGUUGUCAGCUUUGCCAAAAAGGUGCCUGGUUUUGUGGAACUUCACACGGAAGACCAGAUUAAUUUGAUCAAAGGAGGCUGUUUCGAGGUUGCAUGUGUAGUUCAUGCUGCUUUCAUAGAUGAAGAGAGUAACAGCAUGUACAUCCUUGGCAACAACAUGGUCGUCACCCGUCAACAACUUAAAGCUGGAUUCAUCCUUGGGGAAAAAUUCAUUGAACUAAUGUUCAAUUUUUCCAUACGUCUGAAUUCCUUCAGAUUAACGAACGCUGAGAUGUCUCUCUUUAGUGCACUUAUGAUCAUAUCCCCAGAUCGGCAGUGUCUAAGGCAGCGACAGAUGAUCCUUAAAGCACAGGAAAGACUUUUGCAGACUUUACAACUUAACAUUCAGCGAAACCAUCCCAAUGAUUAUGGCAUUUUCCCACGCUUGCUUAUGAUGAUGUCAAACAUUCGUGAAUUGAACGUUGAACAUAAACAAAUCUUACAAAGCAUCAUGGAAAAGGGUGGCGAAGUCCCCAUUGCAGCUGAUGAAUUACAUAGUGAAUUGAUGGAUUUAAAUCAGCAGUAGUAUUGUGCACUUAGGCCCCUAUUGUAUUUAUAAUUGGAUAAUGUUGUACUGUAUAUAUAAUAAUGCCAUUGGGGAACAACCGAAGCGACUGUGGUGAUAAUUCACCAUUAAAGCUAUAUAACUGAUUAAAAAGGUCAAUGAACCAUAACACAGCAAAAAAUUUAAUGUUAUUUAACCUGUGGUUAUUAGAUAGAUAUUGAUACACCAGAUAAGCAAGCAAACCACUAAGGAAUUAUAUGAAUGUGUGAAAACAUGCAAUAUCAUAAUAAAUGCCAUAUUUCAAACGAAGAGAAAUUGAAGAGAUAUUAUUGAUGUUGUAAAAUAUAUCUGUGCAGCUUGCUUUGGAAUAAAAUAGUUAAUUAAAGAAUGAAAGAGUAGAAUUUGUAAGGA